AUGUCAACCGGUGUCUUCACUCCCAACGAAAGAGUUUUAUGCUACCAUGGACCACUUGUGUACGAGGCCAAAGUCUUGAAGAUGGACCAUUGGGACGAGUCGAAUACAAAGCUCGGCUCGGUCGGGCCACACUACUUUGUGCAUUACAAGGGGUGGAAGCAGACAUGGGAUGAAUGGGUGCAGCCAUCCCGGUUACUGAAGUUCAAUGAGACGAACAUUGCGCUGCAGAAGGCACUGCAAGCGCAGGCAUCCGCGGCCCAGGGCUCGUCAUCCGCGUCUGCCGCGAAAGGCGCGAACAAGUCCGCUUCCGCGAAGGAUUCUGCACGACUAGGGCGUAAAGAUGGGGGGACGCGGGGGACAAAGCGAGGACGGGAGGAGGAUGAGUCUAGCAAGCGGCCGGAGAUGCGGCUCAACGUUCCUGAGUCUCUGAAAUCCCUUCUGGUCGAUGACUGGGAAGCCGUGACGAAGAACAACCAGCUAGUGAGUCUGCCGAGGACGCCAAAUGUGGUACAGCUUCUGGAAGAGUUCAAAACCCAUGUUCUUGCGGAGAAGCCACCUCAUCUCAGGGAUCCUGCGGUCCUGCUGCCGACCAUCAUAGCGGGUCUGCAGACCUACUUUGAGAGAGCCUUGGGAGCCAAUCUUUUAUACCGGUUCGAGCGGCCACAGUACGCAGAGAUACGCAAGAAGUACGUGACGGGUCCCACAGUGAUAGUGGGGCAGGAGAAGGAGAUGAGCGCGAUAUACGGCGCGGAGCAUCUGCUACGAAUGCUGGUGAGCCUCCCUCAAAUGGUGGCGAGUUCACAUAUGGAUGCGGAGUCAGUCGGGCUCGUUCGAGACUAUGCGAACGAAUUGAUGGUAUACAUGGCGAAGGAGUCACAUCGAAUAUUCAUCCACGAGUACGAGUCUGCCAGCGUAGCGUACCAGAACAUCUCGCGUUCUUGA